AUGUACGGUGAUCUGGGAGUCAAACUGGCCCAGCAUGCGAAGCGGACACAAAACCUGGCGCACCUGCCCCCGUACCAGACCGAGAUUGUGCGCGCCGUGACACGCGAGGUGCGCGAUCUGGAAAAGGACGUGGCAGACCUGCUGGAGCCGUUUCGAGGCUCAUUUGACCCGGCGGCGGAUCAGGCGGUAGCGUGCACGCUGCUAGUGAAUCACCUGUCGAUGCGGCGCAACAAGCGGUGCCUACUGGCGUACCACCGAACGCGGACGGACAAGCUGGAGGAGCUAGUCUGGGACGGCUCCGACGUGGCGGACCUUUCGGGCCAGCAGGUGCGCGACCCCGGCGGCGGCGGCGGCCUGCCGGUGGCGGCGGGCGAGGGGGGGUCGACGAGCAGCCUAAGCCCUCAGGAGGAGGACUACGUGCGGCAGUACAGCGAUCUGCUGGCGGCGUACAAGGGUCAGUGGACGGAUGUUGAUCUCACGGGGAGCUUGCAGCCGCCGCGGGACCUGUUCAUCGACGUGCGUGUUCUCAAGGACGCGGGCGAGAUACAGACAGAGUAUGGUGCAAUCAAUUUGACCAAGAACAGUCAAUUUUACGUCCGGCAGGGCGACGUGGAGAGACUGAUCGCGCAGGGCUAUUUACAAAAGCUCGAUUGA